AAAAAGUUGUAGUGGAGGUCACAUGUUUCCUGUGUAGACAGGAGCUCCACUCUGCAGCCAGACACCUCUUGUGGUUAUUAUGACACUCUCUUGUGAGAUUUGAGCUGUGUGUUUUGUUUGCUGGGCAAAUGGCUGGAGUCCUGCGCUGUAGCGCCCGGUUACUGGGCAGAGGGUUGCGGCCGGGCUCGGUUACAUCCCACAAUCUCCAAUGUCGCUUCAGAUCUUCUAAAGCCGAUGUGUUGGCUGCAGAACCCAAGGAAGGAGCUGUAUAUGCCCCUCUGGGGACGUUCACUGAGGAGGAAGGCAUGCUGAGAGAUAUGGUACGAAAAUUUGCCCAGGAGCGGAUCGCCCCACUUGUGAAAACCAUGGACGCCGAGUCAAAAAUGGACAAAUCGGUCAUUCAAGGACUAUUUGAUCUCGGGCUGAUGGCUAUAGAGGUGGACCCCAAGUAUGGUGGCACGGGGGCAUCUUUUUUUUCCAUAAUUCUUGUUGUUGAAGAGUUGGCCAAGGUGGAUCCAUCUGUGUCAGUGUUUUGUGACCUUCAGAACACCAUCAUUGCGGCAAUGUUCCAGCGACUAGGCACCGAGGAACAGAAAGAGACCUACCUGCCCAGACUGUGCAAAGACAUGGUGGGAAGUUUCUGUCUUUCGGAGGCUGGUUCUGGCAGCGAUGCGUUCUCCCUAAAGACCACAGCUCAGAAGCACAAGGAUUAUUAUGUCAUCAACGGCUCCAAGAUGUGGAUCAGCAGCUCAGAGCAGGCUGGGGUCUUCCUUGUAAUGGCAAAUGCAGAUGUGUCCGCUGGAUACCGAGGAAUCACGUGUUUCAUUGUUCCCAAGGAUACAGAAGGAUUCCACAUAGGGAAAAAGGAGAAUAAACUAGGACUCAGAGCGUCUUCAACAUGCGGGCUGACUUUUGACAAUGUUAAGGUUCCAGAAAACAAUGUACUUGGUAAGCUUGGACAUGGCUAUAAAUACGCCAUAGGAAUGCUGAAUGAAGGCCGGAUUGGAAUUGCAGCCCAGAUGGUGGGCUUGGCUCAGGGAUGCUUCGACCACACAGUCCCAUACACCAAACAGAGGAUACAGUUUGGGAAGAGAAUAUUUGACUUUCAGGGUAUGCAGCACCAAAUCUCACAUGUAGCCACCCAACUGGAAGCUGCACGACUACUAACAUACAAUGCUGCCAGACUGAAGGAAGCAGGGAGACCUUUUAAGAAGGAGGCAAGCAUGGCUAAAUACUUUGCAGCUGAGGUGGCCGGACUGACAACUAGUAAAUGUAUAGAGUGGAUGGGAGGAGUCGGAUUUACUAAAGACUAUCCAAUUGAAAAAUAUUACAGAGAUGCAAAGAUAGGUGCAAUAUAUGAAGGAACCUCCAUCAUCCAGCUGAACACAAUCGCCAGGAUGAUAGAUAAGGAGAACUGAAAAGCAGCGCUGCAGCAUCUGAUCCAUCUCAACCAUGAAUGUCCACAUCUUUAUCAAUGAAAAAUCAUCACAAUCUACCAACGCAUCUGAUCAUUGCCUCCUCCUCAGUGAUUCAUUCUGUGAUCUGCUGUAGAUGAUAAUUGAAAGUCCUAGUCAGUACAAUCUACAGCUAUUGCUGCACUUUAAGGAAUUCUCUACCAAUUACCCCGUAAACCUUGGAUGAACAGAAAUAUCCUCAUCAGUGUCUUCUUUCUACUGCAACCUCUAUCCUCCUCUCCUACUUUUAGAUUUUAUUUUUUUCAAGUUAUUCCUGUUAAGGAAAUUUUUACACAAAUCCUUUUAAUGUUACAUGUCUAGACCCUAAAGGGGUUGUCCAGGAAAAGAAACAACCGGUGUAUGGUGUCAAAAAGUAUAAGAAAGCGACUUGAUAAUAUAAUGUUGUUAGUUAUACGGAUCCAUUAUCAGCUGAGCUGUCUGGCUUGUGGCUGUGACAUCACAUACCGCUCCCGUCCCUGUUCCUUACACCCCUCCUGUGUGCUCAGGACAAGACCAUUGAUGUGAAGAUGGAAACUCCUAUUACUGCUUAUUAGAUUUUAGGGCAACAGGAAGCAUUGUAAAUAAGACAGCAGUUAGCCUGUUCUGACUGAAACUACUGUGACUGAAAAAGGCUUCCUACUCGGCAGUAAUAUGAGUUCCCCUCCUUCACAUCACUCGCCUGGUCCUCAGCAGACAGAAGGGGAGGGGGGAGCAGGGCCGGUAGCUCUGUAGGAUGUGAUGUCACAGCUACAAGGGAGAGAGCAGAGCUGAUAUGGAGAGAUCUGUGCAGUAUGGCUAAUAACAUUAUAGUAGUAAGUUGCUUUAUUAUACUUUCUGACACCAUAAACAGGUUGUCUCAUUAUGGCCUCAUUAGGGCUUAUUGACAUCAUACAGAGGGGUUCUCUGCACAGAACCCCAACUAUGACCAGCACAGAAAUCUGUUCCCAAAGAGACAAUGAGGGGCAUUUACUAAGGGGUUUAGUCAUUUUUUUCUGACUAUUUUUGGCGCAAAAUUGUCGCAAUUGCGCCUACCCUAUUUUUCGUGCGACUUUCUCUAGCAAGAGCUAGAAAGUCAAAUUUUUUUCCCGCUUGAUUUACGCUAGUUUGCAUUUUUGACUUGUAGUGGUCAGGUAUUUAUUAACUGCGACAGUCGCAGCUGCGCAGUAAACAGUCGCAACGGUUGUAAAAAUUGACAAAAUUUACUCCAGCUCCAACAUGGAGCAGGAAAAGCUACUGCCGCCCGGGCUCCGACAUACUUUCUCCCCGCUACCCUCACUUCACUACAGGGACACUGCAGUGAUUUACAUCCCCCCCCCCCCUCUCACCUGCCAGCGCCACACAACUCCCAUCUGUCUGCUAACUGUUGCAAGACUACAAGUUCCAGCAUGCCCUUACAGUGAGGACACGCUGGGAGUUGUAGUCUUGUAGCAGCGGGAGCUGAGCGGUGCGGGCGGGAGACAAGGGGGGGAUGUAUAUCAGUGUCCCCAUAAGUGUGGGUAGCGGGGAGGCAGUAUGAGGAGCUCGGGUGGCUGCACUGUAAUGUCAGCCCGGGCUCCUGCCCUGACAGCCAAAGGCUUUGGCUGUCAGGGCAUGCUGGGUGUUGUAGUUUUGCAACAUCUGGAGGCACCCUGGUUGGGAAACACUG